AUGGAUCCGGCGGUAGGGGUCUUCUCCCCUUUCCACAGCGUCCUUGACGGGAAGAAUAGCCGGAUAAACCAAGCAUUGGAGCUGGCGACAAAGGUGACCGUAAAAGAGGAACCGGACACUGAGAACGGCGGUGGCAAGGCAGCGAUCAUCAAGACACCGAAAGAAAAUGGAUCAAACCCCAACGGAACGUUGUGUGGCGGCUGCGAAAAGGUUUACACAACGAAAAAAAUCCCUAAAGGGGGGACUUACCUUUGCAAACAGUGUGGGGAGAGGUACAUUUCCAAAUCUGCCGCCGGUCAUUUCCCACCAAACACGCUGAAGUGCUGUCCUGCUAGUGUUACGGAGGGUACCGACGGUGUUGUACGUUGUUGCGCAUGCCACAGCUGGUACCAUUGUGCGUGCUUGGGUAUAGUUGAUAAAACGCUCAAAGAGUAUAUCUCGUUGUCUACUACUAAGUGGUAUUGCAUGGAACCCGCUUGCUGUGAAAAGGUUCUGUGCGAGAAAUUGAAGCGGAAACGGUAG